GCGGCUGGUGGGCGCGCCCGCUACGACGUUGCGGAGGCUUCAAGAUGGCGGAAGCCCUGACAACUCAGGAGCAGCUGGCUGUGGAGGAGUUCCUGAGUGAAGUGCGUAGCAGGGAGCAGCCUCACAGUGCCGGGCUUGUCUCCCAACCCACAGCUGUGAAGUUUCUUAUGGCCCGCAAAUUUGACGUCUCAAGAGCUAUCGACCUAUUCCAAGCAUAUAAGAACACAAGAAUCAAAGAGGGCAUCAUCAAUAUCAAUCCCGACGAGGAGCCUCUACGCUCUGAGCUUCUGAGUGGCAAAUUUACAGUCCUGCCUGGCCGUGAUGCUAAGGGUGCUGCUCUAGCGCUCUUCACAGCUCGUCUCCAUCGGUCUGAUGUCACCACCCACAAAGCUGUGCUUCAGGCCAUCAUCUAUCAGUUGGAUAAAGCCAUAGAGAGUUUACAAACUCAAAGAGAUGGACUCAUAUUUAUCUACGACAUGACCAACUCCAGCUAUGGCAAUUUUGACUAUGAGCUCUGUGUCAAGAUCCUCAAUUUGCUUAAGGGUGCAUUUCCAGCUCGUCUAAAAUGUGUCUUCAUUGUUUCAUCGCCUCUUUGGUUUCGAGCACCUUUUGCAGUCCUACGUCUGUUUGUCCGAGAGAAAUUGAGAGAAAGGGUGUGCACGGUGAAAGCUCAUGAGUUGGCCAAUCACAUCCCAGUCUCCUCCCUUCCUGAACACCUGGGGGGGACAUCCCAGUACAGUCACGUGGCUUGGAUCCAGUCCUGUGUUAAUGUUCAAACAAACACUGUUCAGGGUGACACACAAGAACACGACACACAUGAUUGUGUGGGAAGCCUGCUGCGCUCUUACAGUUUGGAGUGCAGCAACACAAGCGCAGGUGCUACACUGUCCCACGCCCAUAUAAAUACACAGUUAGGUUCUGAGUUAGCUGUGGCUAACUCUAACUGCUAUGAUGAUAAUAAUGCUAACCCACGCAACCACUGCACAGUGGUGGAUGGCAGGACUCGAGGCCUAGGCCAGUACCAGCAGAGCCCACAUUCUGCUGCCAACAGACAGGGGAACCACCAACACUGGAACGGCGCAGCUGUGAGCGAAGCCAACAUGGCUGUUAGUGGCUCCAGUGUCAAUGCUAAUAUGAAUGGUCGUGGCCGACAAGCUCCUCCCCAGUCAGACACACCACCUGACACACCGCUUUCCCAGAAAGGUGAUGGUGAUGUGGCAGACUGCAAAGCAACAGACUCUGCCUGGAGAUCUCAGAGUGAGAGUGUCAAGGAGGAAGAUGAAGAGGAGGUUGAGGAUGAGGAAGAGGAAGGGGUGCCUCCAUUGCCCCAGAAAUCUCUGCCUCGUCCACCCCACCAACCGUCCUCUCAAUCCCCGCCCCUGUCAUCAUCAUGUGGUCAUGAUGAUGAAGACCGUUACAUGGAGGUGUCUGUUCACAUGCCGGAGCAGGGAGGAAUGACGGUGCAUGACCUGGUGGAAUAUGUGAAGAGGAAGAAGAAAAAAGGGAUUUAUCAGGAGUACGAGGAGAUCCGCAAGGAACCACCAACAGGCACCUUUGAUUACUCCAAGAAGUUAUCCAAUCAGAUAAAGAACAGGUACAGUGAUGUUCUCUGCCUGGACCAGUCACGGGUGCGACUGUGCCAGCUCUCUGAUGACGAGGACGAGACAUCAGAUUACAUUAAUGCCAGUUUCAUGGAUGGGUACAAGAGAGGCAACGCCUACAUUGCAACUCAGGGUCCUUUACCAAAAACCUUUGGUGAUUUCUGGCGCAUGGUUUGGGAACAGAUGGUACUUAUCAUUGUCAUGACCACCAGGGUGGUGGAGCGUGGACGUGUCAAGUGUGGUCAGUACUGGCCUCUUGAGGAGGGCAGGACCGAGCAAUAUGGAUAUUUCUUGGUUAGGAACACUAACAUCCAGGUGUUCCAGGACUUUAAACUCUCCCUUCUUGAACUUUACAACACCCAGUCUGGAGAGAGACGGGAGGUGUGCCACUACCUCUAUGUCAGCUGGCCCGACUUUGGGGUGCCUAAGAGCGCUUCUGCUAUGCUUGACUUCCGUGAGCACGUACUUAAACGGAGGGAUGCUGCAGUCCAAAGCCUGGGAUCCAGUUGGAUUGGACCUCUUGGAGGCCCUCCUGUGGUUGUGCACUGCAGUGCAGGCAUUGGUCGCACAGGUACAUUCUGUACCCUGGACAUCUGCCUGUCCCGGCUGGAGGACAUUGGCACAGUAGAUGUCCAUCAGACAGUGCGACGAAUGCGUACACAGAGGGCUUUCAGCAUCCAGACCUGGGACCAGUACUAUUUCUGCUACACGGCAGUCAUUGAGUACGCCCAGCGCCAUGGAAAACUGAGCCCAGUGCAGUGGUCUGACUCUGACUUAGAGACUGACAGUGAAUGAGGGACAUGGGAUAAACAGCCUAAACUGAAAUCAUAGGAAUGGAAGAAGAGGAGUGACAUUUCAGAGUAGAUGAGGAAGAUGACUCCUCUGCCAUAAGAGAGAAGAGACAACGGAUGGAAAUCUUGUUUUGGCUCUUGAUGCAGACUCCCACAGUUGCGCUUCCUUUUCACAAGUGGAUAGAUGGAGGAGGUUAAGGGCUGUGGAAAAAAAAAAUACAGGGAGUGUUCAUUGCAUCGCUGAUUGAGCAAGCUGUCCUGCCAAUUUCCAAGCCCCUUUUUAUUUAGCAAACUUCAGGGGGACUUGGCCUGCCCUGAACCUUGUUGACAAGAGUGUUGUAUGAGUUGUAGCAUUUUUAUAUUGACUUGCACAUGAGGAAUGACAAACUUGAACCUUACCCCUUGAAGCCCUCCAAACCUCCACUCACUUUUCCGUUUUGUAUUUCAUGUUCCUUUUCAGCCCUGAAAGAGCCUGUGAUCACAGUUUAAAUGUGAGGGGUAUGAAAAGGUGAAACUUGAAAACCUUUAUUUUUCUUUAUGUUCUCAUUUUUUUUUUAAAGAAGAAGAAAUGGUUCUGAGUGAGCAAAUGGCCAUAAGUGUUAGUUGAUUAGUGUGUGAGCCAUUUUGUCCAUUUCAGUUUUUCUUUUAUUUUUGAUGACCUUUUUAUAUGGUGCAUUUUCUACAUAUGUUUCAUGUUUGUGCAUAUGUAGACUAACUUUUCAAAGCCAAAGUCCUCACCCUGAAUGCUUGGAUGUACUCCUUGGUGAAAUAUAAUAGACUGAAGCCCGUGUAUAUUCUUGUAACAUACAUUUAUGUUAGUGUGCAUCAUAACAACCUCUGAAAGAAGAGCAAAAAAGGCGAGCCAGGCUUUGACAAAAUACUGAAAAAGAUAUUGUAAUGCAAAUUUGCGAUUUGUCAGGUCUAACAUCAUUUUUACUGUCAGAGCGUUCUGGAUUGGACGAUCCUAAAUAAUUUGGCCUUAACGUGAUUCACUGCCUUGUCAUUCUCAGACCUAAACCAUACCUGGAGCUCUAAGCUGUUUCAUUUCCCCUUGUGUUCUUUUCCUGUUUGAAUCUUGUUCUCUGGAUACCACAACUGUUGUUUGAUUCUUGAGGCAUAUUCUGCCCAAGAUACUUGUGCCUUCAACUUUUCCUUAGCUUAAUGUCUCGCUAGUGUAGUAAUAACACCCAAACUAGUGCACUUGCAUAGUAUAUGUUGACUAUGUGCCACACAGGACACCCACAUUUUGCCUAUAGUCCUGUACAUAGUACACUACUAAUUAAUAACAUAAAAGUAGUGAGUUUUCUGGGACUAAGCUCUGGUUUGAGACAUGGCUAUUCUUUUAUCAUUUGACCUCAGGGGGUAAUUCUAGUGUUUUUUUGCCUAGUUUCACAGAUCCAUUUCUGGGUUUGCCUCUGGUAAUUUAUCAUUUAAGAAAAAAAACUAUAUCAACUUUAUUUGUAUUUUUUACUGUAUUGUAUCCUGCAAUAUUUAUGUCUUUGUAAAACUUAUACAAUAUUGAAAUCAGUGAAUGUUGGUACGAUGUUACAAAGAAAACAAACCAGUUAUUUGCAUUUGAUAAGCUGAACAAAUCAGAUGGGGAGUGAAAUAUAUUUUUUGUUGUUCACAAAGAAACUAUUGUGAAAAUGUCACUUGCCAUUGUAUUUUCAGAACUGACUUGUAUAAAUGGUGAUUGUUCAAUUCUAGGACAACAGGGGGUUGAGGUUGCUUUGAGAGCUAAUUGUUUGACUCUUCAUUAACAAUGACAUUAAUGUCUUACUGUCUGAUACUCGAUGCCAAGGACAAAGCAAAAAAAAAAUCAAUCAAGUUGAAAAAAAAAACUUAAAACUAAAUGGCUGAUAUUUUUGUUCCCAAAACACCGAGUUUGGUGUCAAUUAUUAAAAGAAAUCGAUAUUUUGAGUGGGUUAAAGUUUAUCAGCUUGGUCGGAGAGCCUUGAAUGUGUUUGGGGUAAUGGUGUCCGAGCCAUUUUGUCAAGACAGACAUGGAUAGUAUUGGUGAAUGUGGACCCUGCAUCCCUCAAUGCCAAAGGCCCAGGCUCACCCUUAAGAUGUUUACCUGUCACAUUAUCAUCAGCCUCCUAGCAGGACCUAUCAGUGUAGCCUUGCAUCGACAGGCGGACUCUGGAGCAUUAUGGGAACACUUACCGAAGGAUAUGUAUAGCUAUGAGAUAAGAGUGUGUAUGUAAACGAGUCUUGGUCCCCAUGCUGUUUUUGAUUUGUUUUAUGAGAAACAAAGAAUGCUAUGUGCAUUCGUCAUUGGUGUUGAUUCAAUGUUUCCUUUUGUGAUCUAAGUUCUUGUGGUUGAUUUAUUGCCUUUUACAUGCUGUCAGCCCGGUUGUCCCAUUAAAAGCAAUGGUAUUACUAUC